AAAAAGAAAAAUCGGUCAUUCGAAAUUUUCACUAACCAUUGGAUCCCGCUCCUGUGCGAUGGUUGUUCAAACGAUUUUCAGGUGAGCUAAAUCAGUGUAUGUAAUUUAUGUUUAUACUUAAUAUUGCUUGGGUGCAUUAGUGUUUUCGGAAGUCAGUGGGUUUUGAUUCCAUAACUGUUACGAUUCUGAGUUUUCAGAGUGAGAGAUAGGAAAACAGAGAACAGAAAUGAAAAGUAAAAAAAAAAAAAGAAAGAAAGAAAAAGAAUUGAUUUACAAACAAUGAACAAAGCGGAGAGUUCUCCUCCAAGCGUUUACCAUGUUUUACAAACUAACAAAUCUGAAUGACCCUCUCCUUCUUUCCCCUCCUUAUAGGCCCCUCCUUUUACAACUCUAACCGCCUAACUAAUUGUAUAAGUACUUUGUCAUGGGUCCUAUCAGUAACCUAUUGAAAGGAUUUCAGCAUUACUCUUUUUUUUUUUAAAGGGCAAAGAAGAGUCCCUCUUGUAUUACUUCUCGAAGGAGUUUGAUUUUAUUUUAUUUUUUAAAAUAUAUUGUAUAUAAUAAAAAUAUUGAUAACUGAUUUCAAGAACUGUAGUAUGUAAUAUUUAAUAUUAAGGGACAUAAAAGUUUCAAAUCAUUGUGAAAGAAUAUAUGAAAUUUAUUUAGGGAGAAGUACCAUUAAAUAUUACUUUAUGGACAACAAUGGUUUAAGUAGUUAUAAGCAACAGUCAGACAAGCAUUCCAGACUUUUUCUGCAAUGUCUCAAAUUUUAAAGACAACUUUUUUAAUGAAUUGACGUAUGGAACAGAUUGUGGCUGUUGCUUUUAUAAUGCUUGAUAAUGGACAUUGGAAGGAUGAUAAUGGGAAGAAUUAGGUUAUUGGACCAAUAUUUUUUUUUGAAGAUAAAUAUAGAGGCUGGGACAUGGGAGGAGAAAAGUCUUAACAAUUGGGCGACUCCAAGAAUUAAGGAAUUGCUUAUUUCAAUAGGCUCCAUACAGUUCUCCUUUGGCAGAGCAGAAGUAGAAGAUGUAACGAAAUGUGUGGGUGAUGCAUUCAUGGUGAUAGUUCGGAACAAGAAACGUGUCGGUUACACAUAUGAAUUGACCUUAAAAGUCAAAGGGGAAUGGAUUAUUCUAGGAGAGAAGAAGUUGGUUGGGGGUAACAUAGAUGUCCAAGAGUUCUCAUUUGGUGAACUGGAUGACUUGCAGAUGGAGGUGAGACUAAGUGAAGCAGGGGAUAUCUUGCAUCAAGAAAAGAUAGACAUAUGCAACGAUUUGAAGCUAUUUUUAGAGCCUGUUCGGGAAAAGUUGCUUCAAUUCGAAGAGGAACUCAAAUAUAGAUAGAAACUGGUUGAUUUCGUUUUUAAUUUUUGUUCUCAAUUUGACUGGGUACUAGUAUUUCCAGUACAAUCUCUUCAGAAAUAAAGUUUUUCUAUCUAUCUCUAUCUGGACCAAGACUAAAUAUUGGAAUCCUCCAAACGAACGUUAGGCCUAAGCAUUAUACAUUUAAUAAUAUG